UGUAACCGUCUGGACUUUACUCUCUCAUGUAAUCUGUAACCAGACAAACUUCACCCAAAACCCAGUCGAAUCCAAAACAAAAAAGACACCACAUUGAACCAGAAAGGAAAGCAUGGUCCAGAGGGUGGCAAUCAUUGGAGCUGGGGCCAGUGGACUGGCCUCCAUCAAGUGCUGUCUGGAUGAGGGGCUGGAGCCCACCUGCUUUGAGCAAAGUCAUGACAUCGGGGGCCUCUGGAGGUUCACAGAAGCUGGGAGGAUCAGUGUCUACAGAUCGGUGAUAACCAACACCUCCAAGGAGAUGAUGUGUUUCAGCGACUUCCCCUUCCCAGAGGAUUUCCCCAACUACAUGAACCACUCCAGACUCCUGGAGUAUUUCAGAAUGUACGCCGAGCGCUUCAGCCUUCUCAGAUACAUACGCUUCGAGACCACAGUUCACAGUGUAAGGAAAUGCCCAGAUUUCUCCACCACUGGCCAGUGGGAUGUUUUCACUGAGACUGAUGGGACGGUUGAGUCGGCCGUUUUUGACGCUGUUAUGGUUUGCAGUGGCCAUUAUGCAGAGCCCCAUUUACCACUGGAUUCUUUCCCUGGUAUAGAAAAUUGCUUUAGAGGCCAGUACCUCCACAGCUGGGAAUACAAAGACUCUGCCAGUUUCCAAGGGAAGAGAGUCCUUGUGCUCGGUGUUGGGAAUUCUGGAGGAGAUAUCGCUGUGGAGAUCAGUCGGGUGGCUGCUCAGGCCUCAAUUAUUUUCCAGGUGUUUCUCAGCACCAGAAGUGGCACGUGGGUGAUUAGUCGUAUUUCAGACCAUGGCUUCCCUCUUGACAUGAUGCUCACCACUCGCUUUCACAACUGUCUCGAAAACUUCCUCCCAUCAGCCCUCAUGAGACGGCUAAGACUGAAGAAGUUCAAUACAUGGUUUGACCAUGCAAAUUAUGGCUUGAUUCCUCAGAAAAGUCCAAACCUAAGCUUAAUUGUGAAUGAUGAGCUGCCAAGCUGCAUCCUCUGCGGUGCUGUUGUGGUAAAACCAAAUGUGGAGGAGUUUAUGGAAAGCUCAGCUGUCUUUGAAGAUGGGACCGUAGAGGAGAACAUCGACAUGGUGGUCUUUGCUACCGGAUACACUUUCUCUUUUCCCUUCCUUGAAGAGUCUGUUCGCAACAUCUACAGAAGCAAGUACGCCCUUUACAAAUACAUCUUCCCACCCCCUCUGGAGAAGCCGACGCUGGCUGUCCUAGGCCUUAUAGAGCUAACAGGCUCCAUCAUGGCAGGAACAGAACUCCAGGCUCGUUGGGCCACAAGGGUCUUUAAAGGGUUGAAUCAGCUCCCUCCUGCCAGCAGGCUGAUGGCUGAAGUUGCUAAGAAGCAGCAGCAUCUAAUUAAACAGGGUCUUUCCAACAAGGAGAGCAAAAUCAAGAUGAGUUACAUUGGCUACAUGGAUGAAAUUGCAUCAUGUGUUGGUGUAAAACCCAACGUGCUGCUGCUGUUCCUGAAGGAUCCCAAGCUGGCCCUGGAAGUUUUCUUUGGCCCAUGCACCCCUUGCCAGUAUCGCCUGGCUGGACCAGGAAAAUGGGUAGGAGCCAGAAACACCAUCCUGACCCAGUGGCACCGGGCUCUGAAGCCCCUGAGAACUCGAGUCAUCAAUGAUUCUUCCAAUCACUCUUUGGUUUUCCACUGGCUUACAAUUCUUGGCCUUCCUGCACUCCUUUGUGCUGGUUUACUUAUUUGUAAAUAUUCCCCUCAGCUGUGGUUCCCCAGGGUAAGAUUAGGUGCUAUUCCCAUACGUAAAAUGGGCUUCAUGAAAGGAGGGCUCUGAGUAGCUGGUGAAGGUUCUAAGCUGUGCUGCUAGAAGACAAUAACUUCAAUGUCUGGAACCAUUCAUAAUUCCAAAAAAAUUCAGACUCUUCCAGCCCAGCUCAUCCCAAUCAGAUUGACACCGGAAACCACCCCUGGCCUUGGCACUUUGAGAAUACACACACUCACUCUCCAGCUAAUAUGAAGUUGGUCCUGAGG